GCGAUAUGUACAGCGCACACUGCAUGGCACACACACCUUACUACUUGUUUUUUGCUUUUCUGACAGAACGGCUCGACAUGAGUGUCUUGUGGUCUAUUGUGUACUUUUUUUCGCAUGUUUGUGACCGCAGUGCAGUCUAGCACCUGGAUUUCUUGAUAGCGAAAGCAGCGCACACUGAUUAGUUAGUCACAAGCUAACGAGUGAAAUUGUGACAGUCGGAAGAGACUAGAACCAUCGUGUGCCCAUUCCGUUUAUUCUAUUAAUCCUUCAUAGUCAAGUUGGACCGCGAAGCGAGCGACUAUCAGCCUUCUUCGUAGCCGCCGCAGACUUACAUACCUACACAUUUAUGUAUGGCUCAGCUAGUGCUUAAAGUGGUGUUUGUUUUCCAUAAUUUAUUCAAAUUGGCCUUGACGCCGAAACGUCAGAUGCUAGAAGAACGAAGCAAAGCAGUGAAUAACAAUUAACAACCGAAGACGAGCAUCACAUCAGUAGAAAAGAAUAGCCGUACCGUGCGACUUUUUUGGAUAGCAGUCGUCGGGCGACGAUUUGCUACUCUUCAGCUGAUCCUCUGAUUUUACGACAUUGCAGAUGUGUUGUGUGUGAGCGAUUAUUAUGUUGAUUCGACAGUAGAAGCUUGAUGUGUGACUGUGAGUGCGGUGAAAUAUUCUGUAAACAUAAGUAAAAAGUAAACGGAGCAUAAUUCAAGUGCUGGUGUUGGCGAUAGACGGUCAGACGAACGGGAGUUUAUCAGUGAGCAGUCAGUCCGCAGACCGGAAACGACCGACGAGAAAUGUCUUCCAAAAAUGAACUGAAAAAACUCUCGGAGGAGAGCUUAACCCGGCAGCCGGAGGAGGUGUUCGAUAUCAUUUGCAAACUGGGCGAGGGAAGCUAUGGCUCGGUGUACAAAGCUCUCCACAAAGAAAGCGAGCAGGUUCUCGCUAUCAAACAGGUCCCUGUGGACACUGAUCUGCAGGAAAUCAUCAAGGAGAUAUCCAUCAUGCAGCAGUGUGACUCGCCUUACGUUGUCAAGUAUUACGGAAGCUACUUCAAAAAUACCGAUCUCUGGAUAGUGAUGGAAUACUGCGGAGCAGGCAGUGUUUCGGAUAUUAUGCGACUGCGGAAAAAGACCUUGUCGGAAGAUGAAAUUGCAACAAUCUUGAGCGAUACGCUGAAAGGGCUGGAGUAUCUGCAUUUGCGUAGAAAGAUCCAUCGGGAUAUUAAAGCUGGAAAUAUACUGUUGAACUCGGAGGGUCACGCCAAAUUGGCCGAUUUCGGUGUGGCCGGACAGCUAACUGAUACGAUGGCCAAGCGGAACACUGUGAUUGGAACGCCAUUCUGGAUGGCUCCCGAAGUGAUAGAGGAAAUCGGGUACGACUGUGUGGCGGAUAUUUGGUCACUAGGAAUCACCGCGCUGGAAAUGGCUGAAGGAAAACCGCCUUACGGCGAUAUACAUCCGAUGAGGGCUAUUUUUAUGAUUCCGACAAAACCGCCACCAUCUUUCCGCGAUCCAGACAUCUGGAGUCCGGAGUUCAUAGAUUUUGUUAGCCUGUGCCUGGUGAAGAAUCCGGAAGAGCGGGCAACCGCCACUGAUCUGUUGACACAUGAGUUUAUUCGAAAUGCUAAACCCUGUAGUAUUCUUAGUCAAAUGAUUGCGGAAGCAAAAGAAAUUCGAGAAAAUCAGAGCUUUAGGCAUGCCGCGGCAAUUAGUCAAGCAAAUAAGCAACUACAGAAUCCUAACAAUAACAUCAGUCAAGAGGUGGAUUCCGAUGAUGAUGACGUAAACUCAAGGACCAUGAAAGAGUUUCCGGAAGAUUGUGGGACAUUAGUACCCGGAAGGGAUGACGGCGAUGGAACCAUGAUCGCCCAUACAGACUGCGGAACUCUUGUUCCAGACAAUGCCACAAUGGUAGAGGUACAAUCCAACCUCGGAACCAUGGUUAUUAACUCAGAUUCAGAGGAAUCAACAAUGAAAAGACACGACACCAACCCGGACAAACCGAAGUACCGGCCCCUGUUUCUAGACCACUUCGACAAAAAGGAAGCCGAGGCGGCAAAUUUUGUGACCAAAUCCAGUGCCAACCAGCACAGCUACGAAGACGACAGUUCUUCACCGGAGGACGCCCAUCAGGAUGCCUCACCUCAGCGACCCCAACCUCAGGUGCAAACUCCAACGAAGCAACAGCACGUGCCGCCACCGAACCCCUCCGCUCCACCUCUGACGCAAAGCCUGGAAGAGCAACAGCUAAACGAGGAACGACAACGAUUUCAAUCGCACUUGGAGUUGCAACUUAAUCAAAUCUCAGCUGUCAGUCCUAACAUGCAUCAGAUACAACAGUAUCAACCGGCACCGAUAGCGAUUACGCCCGAUGGCCUGGGCGGAGGUGGAGGCGGUGGCAAUGGAGGAAUAGAAGCUCACAAUAGGAUUUACAACAACAGGAUUAACCUGAUUGAUAGUGAAUACGAUUCGCUCAAAUUCCUCAACUAUGAACAGCUUGAGCAGCGAUUGGCUAGCAUCGACAAGGAGAUGGAAAAAGAACUGGCGGAGACGAACAAACGCUACUACGCCAAACGGAAGCCCAUUAUCGAUGCCAUCGAGGCAAAACAGCAGAAGCGACAGCAGAAGUUAGAGGAAUUUUGAGUUCGUAUCCAGUCAGUGCUCGUAGUAAGUUUGGUACCAUUGAUUGUUACUCUACCAUUUUGGCCAAAUUUGUUUCAUUUUCGUUCUUCGAUCCGAAACAACGUUUCUUUGCUAAAGCAUUUAUUUUCGACAAUUUCCCUCUCUUUCCCUGGAGAUAGGAUAAAGCGAAAACAGUAGUUUUAAUUAUGCCAAUAACAUAAUUGCAAGGCAGGUGUAGACACAAUUUUACACUAGCGCCCCACCUUAUAUCAUCCCGGAUUAUGUUAAUCAUGGGUCGAUUUUGGUUCCCACAUCUCCUCAGCUGCCUAAACGAAUGAUGCCGCAUGAUUUUAGUAAAAUAGUGUUAACUUAUAUUACAACUAUAGAUUUUUCGAAUUUAACAAAUGAAUAGUCAACGCUUUUUUUUCUAGCCAGAAUAUGGUUUUUAAAUUUUUUUUUAUCGUAGUGAACAACCUAGAUCGGAUGUAAAAUGCGUUUUUCUUUAACGAUUGGAAAUAUCAAACAUAAUUGUUUUGGCCAUGUUCCGUCCUCAGACGAAUUGUUUAAAUAAUUCUAUCAUAUCUGUAUACAAUCGUUUCCCAAUUGGCCCAAAAUCAAAAUCGUAGAUGCCAAAAUCUUUACCCUUUCCUAAAGACUACAAAUAAUUUAGAUCGCGUUUGUCGAAACUAUGUUGGUGCUUUCCGAUUACACACUGAAUUUCUAUUCUUGAUAACAGCAAAACUUAGUAACGCGUGUUUAACGUUAUUUAUUCAAAAUUUAGUCAGAACUGGUCUAAAACCUAAGUGAAACAUAAGCGUAUAAAUAAUAAUGAAACAAGAAAGAAAGACCUCAGAAAAAUCCAGGAUAAGCAACACAGAUUUUUGUACAGAGUAAACCUGAAUGAAAACAAUUUGUAUAUUGAGGAUCAUAUAUCAACCGGAACCGGAACCACACUGAAAACGGGAGCCAACAUUUGUUACAGCAUGCCUAUACGUAUAUGCACAGCGUUACAUUUUAUAUAUACAAGCUGUAGUUCUGGAUUGAAAGAAUUGGACCCAAAAGAAAUAUAAUAAUGAACUAAACUACACAGUAU